AUGGCGCAAGGAGCGGGAUCUUCUUCUGUCACCCACAGAUGGAGUUAUGAUGUAUUUGUUAGCUUUCGAGGGGAAGAUAUUCGCUUGAAUUUUUUGGGUCAUCUCUGCGAGUCUUUUCGUCAAAGAGAGAUUCGUACCUUCACUGAUGAUGAAUACCUCGUUGCAGGCGAAGAAAUCCGAUCGUCUCUUUUCAGAGCCAUCAAGGAAUCCAGGAUAGCCAUCAUAAUUUUCUCCAAAAACUAUGCAACCUCAACCUUCUGUCUGGAUGAACUUGUCCAGAUUGUUGAGUGCUUCAAAGAAGAAAGUCGGCUGGUGUAUCCAGUGUUUUAUCAUGUGAAUCCCUCAGAUGUGCGACAUCAGACAGGGAGUUACGGACAAGCUUUGGCUAAUCUGCAGAACAAACCGGGAAUAAAGGAUGAGAGGUUGCAGAAGUGGAGGUGGGCUUUGUCUCAGGUAGCUGACUUUUCAGGCUGGCAUUUCCAACCAGGGAUUACAAAAGAACAAGAGCAUAUUAAAACGAUUACUCAUGAAGUCUCUGCCAAGAUCAAUCUCAGUCUUUUAGAAGUUACAGAAUAUCCAGUUGGCCUUGAGUUUCGAGGGAAAGAAGUAAUUUCACUUCUGGAUCUUGGAUCUAACAAAAACCCACUGAUGAUUGGAAUUUGUGGCAUUGGUGGGAUAGGCAAAUCAACAAUUGCAAGAGCUGUGUAUAACUCAGUUGCUGAUAAUUUUGAUGGUUUGUGUUUUCUUUCUAAUGUUAGAGAAAUUUCUUACAAGCAUGGCUUGUCACAUCUUCAAGAGACAUUACUUUGUGAAUUGGUGGGAGAGAAGGAACUCAAAUUGGGUAAUUUCUAUAAAGGAAUUUCAAUAAUAAAGAAUAGGCUCCAAAACAAGAAGAUUCUUUUAAUCCUUGAUGAUGUUGACAAAGUGGAGCAAUUACGAGCAUUAGCUGGAAGCUGUGAAUGGUUUGGCCUGGGAAGUAGAAUCAUUAUCACGACAAGGGAUAAACAGUUGCUAGCAAGUCAGGGAAUCCAAAGAAUUUAUGAUGUCAAGGGGUUAAGUGCUGAUGAAUCUCUUCAGUUAAUUAAAAGGCAUGGCUUUAAAGGGCUUACGGGGGAUUUAGAUCAUUACAAGGAUGUUCUGAAUCGUGCCAUAAAAUAUUCAUGUGGCCUUCCAUUAGCCUUGGAAGUGAUUGGCUCUAAUUUAUGUGGUAAAGAAGUUGAUGUAUGGAGUUCUGCAUUAAAUGAUUAUGAAGCUAUACUUGAUAAAGAUGUUUUUGAGGUCCUUAAAUUAAGCUAUAAUGCUUUAAGCAGAGAAGAACAUAAGGAAAUUUUUCUUGACUUGGCCUGUUUUUUUAAUGGUGAGAAGUUGGGAGACAUCAUAAAUAUGAUGAUGAGAUUUCGUGGUGUUGAACCAACACAUGCCAUUAAUGUGUUGAUGGAUAAAUCUCUAAUCAAGAUUAAAAAAGAUCGUGUGAUAAUGCAUGACUUGAUUGAAGAUAUGGGUAAAGAAAUUGUUCGGCAACAAUCACGAAAUGAGCCUGGGAAACACAACAGGUUGUGGUGUUAUGAAGACAUUAUUGAUGUCUUGCAAAAUAACACGGGCACUGAUGAAAUUGAAGUCAUAAUUCUUGAUUUACCCAAAGAUAAAGAAAUCCAAUGGAAUGGCAGGGCAUUCGAGAAGAUGGAGAAGCUCAAAGUGCUUGUCAUAAAGAAUGCAAGCUUUUCUGAAGGCAUCAAAUAUCUCCCAAAUAGUCUGUGUGUGUUGGAAUGGAAGGGGUACCCUUUUGAGUUUUUGCCAUCUAAUUUUCAUCCAACAAAACUUGUCCAUCUUGAUUUGUCCAAUAGUUGUGUAGUGCCUCAACUUUUUGAUAAGAAAUUACAGAGUUUAAGUCGCGUGAAUAUUAGCAACUGUAAAGUCUUGACCGAAAUACAAGACUUGUCAGAAGUCCCUAAUUUAACAGAAUUGUGGCUUGAUGGUUGUAUAAACUUAACUAAAAUCCAUGAUUCCCUUGGAUUCUUGGGUAAACUCAAAAGAUUGAGUGCUAUGCGAUGCAAAAACUUGAAGACUUUACCCCCUCGUAUUAAGCUAACAUCCCUUGAACAUCUAAAUCUCUUUGGCUGCUCGAGCCUUAAAAGUUUUCCUGAGAUAUCAGACAAGAUGGAGAAGUUGAAGACACUUGAUUUGGAGAGUACGGCCAUUGAGAGUUUGCCAUCUUCAAUUUGCAACCUCGUUGGACUUGAAAGCUUAAACAUGGAAGCGUGUCCUAAUCUUAAGCAAUUACCAGCUAGUAUUUGUAUGUUGCCAAACCUAUUGGACCUAACAACAAAUUUUUGUGAAGAGAUAAAGGAUUUCGAGAAAUGCAAUGGUGGAAAUAAAGCAAGCUCAGACUGCUCAAUCAUUUUGACCAAAGGAAAAGAAAAAGAAGACAACUCAACCGUGUCUUUGAGAAAACAUUUCGGUUUCUCAAAUUGCAACUUAACAAACGACUCUCUUGCUCUCUGUCUCUCUUGUGUUCCUGACAUUGUACAUUUAGAUCUAAGGUUUAAUAGCUUCACAACUCUUCCAGCAUGCAUAGAAGAAUGUGAGAAUUUAAGAUAUCUCUUGCUGGAUCAUUGCACGCAAUUGCAGAAAAUUAUUAGGAUGCCACCAAAAUUGGAAACAUUCAGCGCCAUAGGUUGCACGUCUUUGUCUCAGUCAUCCAGAAAAAGAGUAUUGGAUCAGGCAUUCUACUUUGGAAACGGGAAAAGAAACUUUGUUUUGCCAGGAAAAAGAAUCCCUCAAUGGCUUGACUAUUAUAGUCGAGGAAGCUCCGUGUCUUUUUGGAUUCGUCAUAAGUUCCCAAAAGUUGCUCUUUGGUUUCUUGUUGAAAAUGACCAAGUUUAUCCUUAUAGAUGUAUAUUCUCAGUGCACAUUAAUGACACCAAGUUAGAUAUUUCUUCAGAGUGGCUUUUACUGUCAACUAUACUGGGUAAUCAUAUAUACAUAUGUGACAUGGAAAGCAUAAUUAAGAAGGUUCAACUUCGUCAUGCAGAUAGAUGGAAUCAAGUAAAGGUUUCAAUUAAGAGCCAUACACAAGAAGUAAUAAUGGACAAGGAAAUUUUUAUGGCAGUUCAUGCAUACAGGCAACAAAAUGACUUUGCAGAUAUUCGAUUCAGGGACCCGAGAAUAUACCUUGAUUGCAACUCAUGGCAAAAAGCACAACAAUCGCCUCGAGAUUGGGAAGAACUUGAAGAUGAAAUGAAUGAGGAUCCAAAUUCAACAAAAGUCGCAGAGUCAGUCCAAAAAAUCACGCGUUAUCAAGAAGCAGAACCCAUGGCUACUGAGCUUGUGGGUGGAGCAUUUGAUUGGCUGGCGCAAGGAGUGGGAUCUCCUUCUGUCACCCACAGAUGGAGUUAUGAUGUGUUUCUUUGCUCUAGAGAGGAAGAUACUCGCAGGAUUCGUACCUUCAUUGAUGAUGAAUCCCUCUAUGCAGGCAAAGAAAUCCGACCGUCUCUUUUCGAAGCCAUCAAGGCAUCCAGGAUAGCCAUCAUAGUUUUCUCCAAAAACUAUACAACCUCAGCCUUCUGUCUGGAUGAACUUGUCCAGAUAAUUGAGUGUUUCAAAGAAGAAAGUUGGUUGGUGUGUCCAGUAUUUUAUCAUGUGGAUCCCUCAGAUGCGCGACAUCAGACAUGGAGUUACGGACAAGCUUUGGCUAAUCUGCAGAACAGACCGGGAAUAAAGGUUGAGAGGUUACAGAAGUGGAGGUGGCCUUUGACUCAGGCAGCUGACUUGUCAGGCUGGCAUUUUCAGCUUGGGAUUACUAAAGAACAAGAGCAUAUUAAAACGAUUACUCGUGAAGUCUCUGCCAAGACAAUUAAUCCCACUCUUUUAGGAGUUGCUGAUUAUUCAGUUACCCUUGAGUUUCCGGGGAAAGACAUAACAUAUAAUCCUGCUGCUGACUCUACUCUUCGUCGAGCAGAUGUGAACACUGAAGAGGAGCCAAUGAAAAUUGAAGAUGGAACCCAGGAGCCUUCUGUUAGUAAGAAGAAAGAAAAGAAAGAGAAGAAGAAAGGGAAGGAGAAGAAUGAAUAG